AAGAGUGUUACACAACACGGGAAUGUGUCGAGGCGGAUAAUAGUCAAAAUAUCUCUUCAACAUUUCUUCAUGGUUACCUGGCGCCUUCGACCACUCGGCCAUUUCACUUCUUGGCAGGUACCUCUGUAUCACCUCGAAUCCCUCUGGCUGUCAACCCAUCUUCGAACAAAGGAUCAACACAUCCAAAAGAGCAAGGCCCUGAUGGUAUCUCGACUUGAGAAAUCCGCAAUCACAAGUCUUUUCCCUACCUGAGUGAGCCCGAUCAAACAGUCACAAAAUGCCACAUCUCGCUAGAAAGUUGCUGCGAAAAGUACAACAGUUACGUCAUCGCCAUGAUGAAGCUCGCGAUGCUUCCCACCACGACCAACUAAGAAACCGAUGGCAAGGAUCAUACGCCUGUCCAGAACCACAGAACGCGACUACGACGACGACAUCCCCUGAAGUGGUUGUGGCAGUAGUCAGCCCGACAAAUUCCACGUUAUCAACCACCACCACCCAACCGGUCACAUCCCUCGCGGAAGCAGUCACAACUACCACCGCGCUCGACAACACCGCCACCGCAACACUCCCCAACAAAGUCGUAAUAGACAACACCCUCCCCUCGGGCACCAACCCCCUAGCCAACAACAUCGAAAACGUCACCUGGCUAGGCUACCAAAUAGCCAACAAUUCGUGCUCUCACCGCGACUUGGGGUUUGCGGGCAAGUUGGGAGGGAAAUGGUACUCCAUCUUUGGGGACACGUUAUGGGCUGCCCCAGGGGUGACAGACAUGUUUCUUGACCCGCCCGGCUUUCACGGCAUGGUUCGGGAUUCUAUUUCUUUGCUCACGGACGACCCACUGACGGUGGUGGACCUCCAUCUCAAUGACGACGAGCCGGUGCCACAUCAAUUGCAGUUUGUGCCUUUUAAUGAGGAGUGGGGGGAGACGAACCAGUAUGGGUUUGGGGGGACGAGUUUGUGUGAGGUUGACGAGGAGACGGGGAUGGGGGUGCUCUAUUACCUGGUGAAUGGGAAUGAAUCCCGCGGUUUAAUCGGUGCUGGCGUGGCGCGAGUUGAGCUCAUCGACGAGGUCCCUACCGUUACACACCGGUACGGCAGUCAAGGUUGGUGGUGGGACUCGAAGAAAUAUGCCAGAUAUGGUGAUCAGAUUGCGUAUCGGGAUGAGAAUUCGGAGUAUAUCUAUAUUUGGGGUGGACCGCCGGAUUAUAUCAAGGAUUGGAGUACCAUCAACUACCACUACCUUGCUAGGGUGAAGGCGAAGAAGGCGUUUGAUUUGGGGGCGUAUGAGUACUAUUGGGGAAAGCAGAAGGGGUGGAGGAAGCAGGUGCUGGAUCGGUUUGAUACUGAGACGUCGGUUAUGUGGGGGAGUGGACAGGGGCAGGUGCAUUGGAGUGAGUAUUGGGGGUGUUAUUUGCUGGUGCAUUUGGGGAUUGCUGGUGGGGCGGUGUUUAUCCGGACGGCGGACAACUUGGAAGGGCCUUGGACGCCGGAUGUGCAGAUUUUCCAGGCGAUGCCUAUUGAUGAUGGGUUGGUGUACGCCGGGGUGGCACACCCGUAUUUGGAUGAGACGGGAAAGACGCUGGUGGUGUCUUAUACGAACAACAACCAUAUUGAAGUGCUGAGGGUGGAGUUUGCAUGAUAUUACACUGGACAAAAAGAGUCUACAACACAUUAUUAUUUUUCACUACCUAAUCCGGGCAAGGGGAACUCCGUCAGACCGCCC